AUGGGACUGGAGCUGGGCGAGACGGGGCAACACGGGACGGGAGCGGGACGAUACGGGAGUGGGAGCGGGGCGAGACGGGACGAGGCGGGAGCAGCAGCGAGACAGAAGCCGGACGGAGCACGACAGGACGGGACGGGACGGGGCGGGAGCUGGGCGAGACGGGGCAACACGGGACGGGAGCGGGAUGAGACGGGACGAGGCGGGAGCAGGAGCGAGACAGAAGCCGGAUGGAGCAGGACAGGACGGGGCGGGAGCAGGGCAGGAGAGGACCGGGCGGGACGGGCCGGGAUGGGGCGGGACGGGACAGGAUGGGACUGGAUGGGAGCAGGACAGCACGGGACGGGGCGAGACGGGACGGGACCAGGCUGGACUGGCAGGGACGGGGCGGCACGGGACGGGGCGGGACAGGACGAGAAGGGAGCGGGACGGAGCGGGGCAGUUCGGGACGGGAGUUGGCCCGUGUUCCCGUCCCCAGUCCCACGAUUCUUCACUAUGUCCCCGUCCCAGCUUCACGUCCCCGGCUCCCAGCCCCGUUUCCCCAACCCCCGCUGUUCCCCCUCCCCCGCCGUGUCCCUGCCCCCGCGGUGCCCCGAGCAGCCUUCCCGGAGGAUCGAGUGGCUCCGAGGGGGCGGGUCGCUGCCGCGGGCGAGUGACGCGCGCGGGGGCCAAUGGUGGCGCGGGGGCGGCCGGGGGGGCGGGGCCAGUGACGUCAUGGCCGCCGGUGCGCGGCGGGGCUGCUGUCGGCGCGCGCCCCACGGCAGCCGUCGCGGCGGCAUGGGGCGGCGGGGCGGCGGGCAGCGGCGGCCGCUCGCCCCGUCCCUCCGCCUCCCGCUGCUGCUGCUGCCGCUCUUCUUCCUGCCACAGCCCGCCGGUGAGUGCCGAGGGGCCGGGGGCUCGGGGCAGGGGGGGCGGCGGCAGCACAUCGGGAUCGAUGGGCUCUUUGUGACUGACUACUUCACCCGCACACCACGCAAGCUCAGCCCCUUCCGCUCCUUUGCCAGCAUUGAGCUCUUCCACUUCCACAUCCCUGAGGACACCGUCAUUGCCGUCUGGAAUCUCAUCACUUUCAAGGAGCAGGGUGGCACCUUUGGGGAUCAAUGUCCAGACCGCAGUAUCACUGUAUAUUUCCGCUCAGGGGCUCCCUCCGUCAUUAACCCUCUGCACACGCACUUCCCCAGGGACACGGCUGUCCCUGGCUCCUUUGCACUGACCCUCACCUGGACCCUGCCCAACCGCACCACAGGGGUGUUCAAUGUCACCAGCCCGCUGCCCGGGGACUGGUUCCUGGCUGCCCACCUACCCAAAGAUGAGGGCAAGAUCUCCGUCAAGGGGCUCUACGAGGAAUGCCAGUAUCUCUUCCAGCCCCAGCUCAUCGUGCAGCGCCUGGUGAACAUUGCUGUGCUCUACCCUGGUUAUGUUACCGAGCAGACCAUGGCCCCCCACAACCGCUCGUGCCUCUACAAGGUAUUUGUGCCCAGCUACACAUCACGAGUGCUGGUGGAGGUGCUGAGGUGCCGUGGGGCCGAGGGCUGCCCGCUCUGGCUGCGUGUACGGGCCAAGGCUCCACCCCUGCACAACUCCACAGCGCUGGACUGUCGGGAACAUGCUCCCUGCCAGCUGGCACUGGACCUGCCCUUCUGGCAGCACUGGUACUAUGUGCUGGUGGAGAAGCACCCUGGGGUGCCGGGCACUGUCUCCUUCCAGGUCACUGUGCAGCUCACAGACUGCUCCCGACCUAGCCUGGCCCGGCCACCCUUCCUGCCCUCCAGCGCCUCCAUGAACAUGCCCCACUCCUUCGGCUCUGCGGGUGGGCUGGCAUUGGGGGACAGCCCUGCGCCCACCAGCCCCAACGGCACGAAGAGCCCAUUCCCCAUCGCCUCACUCGCCGGUGAGCAGUGCUGGCCAGUCCGCCCCACGCUGCGCAAUGAGCUGGACACCUUCUCCGUCCACUUCUACAUCUUCUUCGGGCCCAACGUGUCAGUGCCGCCUGACCGCCCCGCUGUCUUUGUCAUCAACCUCCUGCCAGUGCUGGACAGUGGUGGGGUGCUCAACCUGGAGCUGCGGCUCAACGUGAGCUCCCUCUGUGGUGAGAACGUGACGGUGUUUGGGUGUCUGAACCACGAAGUCCCGCUGACGUCUGGUGACAACACAUCGGUCACCUGUGAGACAGAGUCCCUGGCAGGCUUCCUGCUUUCUGUCAAUGCCACAGCCAGCCUCAGCCGCCUGCGGAUCCCCUACCCCCAGACGGGCAGCUGGUACCUCAGCCUGCGCUCGCUCUGUGCCACGGAGCACGGGUUUGAGCCUUGCACCAAUGUGACAGCCGAGGUGUAUCUGCGUGCCUACCUCUCGCCCUGCAUCAACGACUGUGGCAUCUAUGGCCAGUGCAAGCUGUUGCGCACAAACAACUACCUGUACGCUGCCUGCGAGUGCAAAGCUGGCUGGAAUGGCUGGGGCUGCACUGACAACGCCGAGGCUUUCUCCUAUGGCUUCCAGCUCCUCUCCACGCUGCUGCUGUGCCUCAGCAAUGUUAUGUUUGUGCCUCCCGUUGCCAUCGCUGUCCGCAGCCACUACCUCAUGGAAGCUGCUGUCUACAUCUUCACCAUGUUCUUCUCCACUUUUUACCACGCCUGUGACCAGCCAGGCAUCGUGGUGUUCUGCAUCAUGGAGUAUGAUGUGCUGCAGUUCUGCGACUUCCUGGGCUCCCUCAUGUCUGUGUGGGUCACCGUGAUUGCCAUGGCCCGGCUCCAGCCUGUGGUGAAACAGGUGCUGUACCUGCUGGGGGCCAUGCUUCUCUCCAUGGCUCUGCAGAUGGACCGCCAUGGGCUCUGGAACCUGCUGGGACCCAGCCUGUUUGCCUUAGGGAUCAUGGCCAUUGCCUGGACGACUCGCACCAUCCGGCGCCGCCACUGCUACCCGCCGACCUGGAAGCGCUGGGCUUUCUACCUGUGCCCGGGAGCUCUGAUCGCAGCAGCUGCCGUGCUGCUCUAUGCCUUCGUGGAGACGGAGGAGAAUUACUUCUACAUCCACAGCAUCUGGCACCUGCUCAUCGCUGGCAGCGUCGGCUUCCUGCUGCCACCCCGUGCCAAGCCCAGCCGGCGCCUGGGGCCGCUGCCCCGGCGCAAGGGCUGUGGGUACCAGCUCUGCGUCAACGAACAGGAGGAGCUGGGGCUCGUCGACCCAGCCGUGGCCUCCAUCAACAGCAUUUGCACCAGCUGAUGCUGACGGCGGCGUGGACUUCUCCAUCACCGACAGCAGCCCUGUGGGGCCCAGCACCCUCUUUCUGGGCCGAUGCCCAUCCCUGGGAGCAUCAGGACUCCUCUGGGCAGGCUCACAGCCACCCGUACUGCCCUGUUGUUGCAAUU